CGCUGCUGCGCCGCUGGAUUUUCUGCCGGGGUUUCGCCGGCAGAACACACAGUCACUGCACUUCGCGGUAAAUCCUGCAAAGCAACUUGAGGCCAAACCAGAGCUGGGAAAGAAUGGAGUUCUUCACUUGGACGAGUAACUUUUUCGAGGACAAGUGGGAGAGAGAGAUCGUACCCUGGCGUGGAGUGGCGUGGCCGGGUUACAUGGGUUUAGAAAGUUUAGACAGCGAGACAAACAAAGCUGUCCUUUGUUUCAAGGCCUCCCGUUGCGUAACAAACUGAAAUUGCGUGCUCUGCUUUGCUGCGUUGUUCAGUGUGGAGAAUCUCCUCUAACUGUGCGCUCGAGGAGUUGGAGCUUGUGAUCUCUUAAGUGAGGAGUUUCAUUCAGUUCAACUCUCGCUCCUGCGAAAGGGCGGUCGGUGCGGAGCACGACUGAGAGCCACGAGCAGAACGGAAUCCCGACCGACGGUCUUUACACCGCGGAAACGAUGGCAGACAACCACACCACGGCUAGUCGGGACUCACACAGCGCCAUGAUGGUGGAACCGCUCAGCACCAACGACCAGGAGGUGUACGAGAUCAUCAGGAAGGAGAAAACCCGUCAGAGGCUUGGCCUGGAGCUAAUCGCGUCUGAGAACUUUGCGAGCCGGGCGGUGUUGGAGGCUCUGAGCUCCUGUGUGCACAACAAGUACUCCGAGGGCUACCCAGGACAGCGGUAUUACGGAGGCACGGAGUUUGUGGACGAGCUGGAGAUCCUGUGUCAGAAGCGAGCAUUGGCGCUGUACAGCCUGGACCCACGGCAAUGGGGAGUCAACGUCCAACCGUAUUCAGGCUCCCCCGCUAACUUUGCUGUGUACACGGCCCUGGUGGAGCCACACGGACGCAUCAUGGGCCUGGACCUGCCCGAUGGCGGGCACCUGACCCACGGCUUCAUGACCCAGAAGAAGAGAAUCUCUGCCACCUCCAUCUUCUUCGAGUCGCUGCCCUACAAGGUGAACCCGGACACUGGCCUUAUCGACUAUAAUCGACUGGAAGAAAAUGCACGUCUCUUCCACCCCAAGCUCAUCGUGGCAGGUGUCAGCUGCUAUUCCCGGAACCUGGAUUACGCUCGGAUGCGCGGGAUCGCUGACGAGAACGGAGCUUAUCUGAUGGCGGACAUGGCACACAUCAGCGGGCUGGUGGCAGCCGGGCUGGUGCCCUCGCCCUUCGAGCACUGCCACGUGGUGUCCACCACCACACACAAGACCCUCCGUGGCUGCCGGGCUGGCAUGAUCUUCUACCGCAGAGGAGUCCAGAGCGUCGACCAGAAAACGGGCAAGGAGACGAUGUACAACCUGGAGGGUCCGAUCAACCAGUCCGUGUUCCCCGGGCUGCAGGGUGGGCCGCACAACCACGCCAUCGCAGGAGUGGCCGUAGCUCUGAAGCAGGCGAUGACCCCGGAGUUCUGCGUCUAUCAGGAGCAGGUGGUGGCCAACUGCAGGGCUCUGGCCGCGGCUCUGAUGGAUCUGGGGUAUCAUGUUGUCAGCGGGGGCUCGGACAAUCACAUGAUCCUGGUUGACCUUCGCAACCGGGGCACGGAUGGGGGCCGGGCUGACAAGGUGCUGGAGCUGUGCGCCAUCGCCUGCAACAAGAACACCUGCCCAGGUAACACGGGGUGGGUGGGGGGGGAGAGGGGCUGGUCGGGGGAGGAGUGUAGGGUGUAG